AUGGUGGGCAAGUGUGAGGUGGAAGCGAGAAGUCAAGAGGAUCUUGCACAAAUACCAGAGGGAGAGGCUUGGAAUUGUGCGGUGAAGAUCGAAAAGUGCCGAUGGUUGGAAAAGAGUGGAUGUGUGGGCAUGUGUGUUGGUUUGUGCAAGCGGCCUAUGCAACGAAUGUUUGGCGAGGUUUUGGGCAUGCCGCUGUCCAUGGAGCCGAACAUGGAGGACUUCAGUUGCACCAUGGUCUUCGGCAAGAAGCCCGUGGAAUGGCAACAGGACGACCUCCGAGAUCAGCCUUGCUUCAGCACAUGUGCCACUGCUAGGUCGCAAGGCGCCUGUCCGAAAUUGACUUGA